AUAUUAAUAAUGACAGGCUAUUUAUCUAGUUAUUGCGUCUUUAGGUUUUAAAAAUAUUUCUAUUCCAUAUCAUAUGAUCUUCUUCUUCUUUACUAGAACGUCUUGUUGUGCUCGCUUAUACAAAAAUUGUAUAAUAGGACGAAUGUUUAUAAUAUAAUCAAAGUAUUUCUCGUCAAUGGAUGCGGUUGUAUGUAUUUAACUUAAGGUAAUAGAUUUCACAAUUUACAAAUGAAUGUUUCAAAACAAAAUAUUCGAGUGAUUUCUAAGAUUAGUAAUCAAGAGGCGUAUUUGUUCACUUCGGUAAUUCGUAAUGCAGAAGAGUUCAAAGGAGUGUUGAAGCCGAAAAGUGUCCGUCGUGAAGAAUUUGAAAAGAAAUUAAGGGCAAAAACACCAUUGGGCAAACUGGAUGAACAUACACAGCAUCCUUAUCAGGAGAAAGAACCAUUAAAGUCUUGGCCGGGAAGUGUAAAUCCGAAUACUGGUGAGAUUGGUGGGCCAGCAGGUCCAGAACCAACCCGUUAUGGUGAUUGGGAAAGGAAAGGCCGUGUGACGGAUUUUUAAAACGUCAACAGUCAUGUAGCAUCUCUUAGUAUAUCCAGAAACAAUUGAUAUAUUUGAUCGCCUCAAGUAAGCAACGUUAAUGGGUUUGAACGAGAACAGUAUACAUUUAGAAUAUAUAAAACCUCUUAUUGUUGCAUGCGUAUAAAUAUAUAAAUCUAAUAAAAACCGAAACAGCUUUUCAGGAUAAACAAUGUAAGAGUGACAAUUAAAAAUGGAAUGUAAUUUAAGUGGCUGCCAUCCAACAAAUUCUUUAUAGUUCAUGGCUUUGUCAAAGCACAGUCAUUAUUGCUCAAAGGAGUUAAAUGUUGCACGGGUACGGUUAUUGGGGAACAAAAUCACUCGGCUAUGUGUUAUUUAAUUUUAUAAUUGUACGUUAAUAAUUAAUUAAGUAAUUAUUGUAUGCUAGCACACCAGUUAAGGAAAGUAAUAUCUGCCAGUUAUAACGGUAUCCACAUUUGUACGUGAGUCAAUUACCCCAUGGGAGAUUUUUUAUGUCUCCGCUUUUCGGGUCAAAGUUUAUGCUCAUAUUUCUCAUAACCUAUAGUCAGAUUUUUGAAGAACACACUGAUACUAAAAUACUUAAAAUAAAUGUAUAUAAUUUUUAUAUGAUUUCGGCUCCAUGUAAUGCAUGUUGAAAGAUAUAUAUUCUAGAUUCUGAGUCCAUCAUAAAACACAUUGUAGGAAUAUUGUUGUAUUUUAUAUGUACUGAUACAACUAUUUAACAAAAUGUAUUAAGAUAUUAGUGGUUAAUGUUAUAUCAAAGAGAAUAAUUUGCAAACAAAACUGAAAUGAAACCAUGAUCUGGCGAUCGACAAUGAUAUCUCA